CGAUGCGUCGGGCGGUCGUGUCUCGCAUUACGCCCGUAAUCGUUCCCAACUUGGAAAUUGUUUUACGAAAAUAUGUAAAGUUUCCAAACAUAAAAUUGUGCAGAACUGCCGCGUUUUACCCGACGCGUAGUGUUUAAUUGACUAGGACCGACCUAAAUAAGUAGUUUUAAACUUUUAAGUUAUUGUAACUUAAUAGGCUUACUCGUUUUACCUGCAUGCUUCGUCCCACGAGUCGUGCGAAGCGGUUACCUUUAUCGGAUAAAACGAACAUUUUUCAAAUGGAUGUGCGUUCUUAUUAUGUGAUAGUGUGCGUGAUUUGUGUGAAUACAAGACUCCGUGUGUGCUCGUUUGCUUGUGACAAGUUUUUACUCUAGUGACGUGCUCAAAAUCGUAAUUCUUCGAGUUGAAUUGAGAAAAUGGUGCGAGGGGGAGAGCGGGGCCUGUUCGCCGCAAUCUUGGUUGCCGUGGCGUCCGCGCAGUAUACGAAAGUUCGAGAUCACACAUCACAUCACGUCACGAGGUUAAGGCAUUCGAGACAUCUCGAUGGGUACCUGCCAUUACAUUCAUCUUUCACGCCAGCGACGUCACUGAAGCUCGCCGUGAAGGACAACCACAAGCCACUGUUCACGGAAUGCCUGAAUUACAAGCCGACAUUGAAAGAAGAACAGCCCAUCGGAACUUAUGUGUUCACGGUACACGCAGAAGAUCGAGAUCCACCGGAAAUGGGUGGCACAGUCACGUACAAAUUUGUCUCAACUCCUGGUGAGAAAGAGAGGUUCCACGUAGAUCCUGAAACAGGAAGAAUAACUACAGCCGAUAUUUUUGACCACGAUGAGCCAUCUCGUGAAAAAGAAGCGUAUAUCACAGUUCGAGCGAGUGACAACGGCCAACCUCAGUUAGAUGAUGCUUGCACUAUCAAAAUACUCAUAGAAGACAUCAAUGACAACCAGCCGGUCUUCGACAAAGUUUCAUAUUCGGAGUCAGUCCCACAAGAUUUGCCAAGCGGACGUGAGGUGAUGAGGAUAUCAGCCACAGACAUAGACGAUGGGAACAACUCCAUCGUGAGCUACAGCCUUGAUUCCAAUUCUCCAGAUCAGGCGUACUUUUAUAUCGAUCCAGACAACGGGGUCAUAUUUUUAAACAAAACGAUUGAUAAAGUCCCAGGCUACAAAUUCAAGUUGAGCGCGAUAGUAAAUGACAAGGGUGAUCCGCCGCAACAAAGUUCGAUUACUUUAGACAUCCAAGUCGUCGAGUCUAACAAGAAAAGCCCGUCUUUUAUAGAAGUACCCGAUCAACCGAUAAGAUUAAAAGAAAAUUACGCAGACUUCACUUCUCCCAUAGCUACCAUAAGGGCGAUAUCCAACAUACCAGAGGAGAAGAAAUUACAAUUUGAGCUAGUUAUGGGCCAGACUGAACAAACAAAUAAAUGGCACACGUUCGUUUUAGAACCUGAAGCCGAUUCAGCCUAUAUCAAACUUGGUAACCAUUUGGACUAUGAAAAAAUUACAGACUACACCUUAACUGUUAGGAUACAGAACAACUACAAAUUAGCAGCUGAAACCAUAAUCCAAAUAGAAGUUGAAGAUGUCAAUGACAACAUUCCAAUCUUUAGUGAAAUUAGAUCCGGUAGUGUUUUAGAAAAUGAACCACCAGGAACGCCCGUGAUGCAAGUCAGAGCAUUUGACGCUGAUGGUACAUCAGCUAACAACCAAAUAACAUACGAACUAGGAGACCCUUCCGAUCCUUUCGCUAUAGAUAGCAUAACAGGGAACAUAACAACACUUAAAAUGUUUGAUAGAGAAGAGAGGAGUUUUUAUAACAUAAAGAUUAUCGCAACAGAUAAUUCUGAAUCGGCUCUUAUUCCGGGAAAACAUAACGCAGGCCAGCAAGUGUUCCUUAUAGAAAUCGCUGAUAAAAAUGAUAAUCCACCUCAUUUUACGCAAGAUACGUAUGUAGCUGAAUCUAUUGCUGAGAAUGCGAACAUCAACGAGCUCGUUACACAAGUGACUGCUUUAGAUAUUGAUACAGCAUCCGUGGUGACAUACAGCAUCGUAGCCGGCAAUACCUACGACGCAUUCGUAAUCAGAAACUUCACGGGUGAAAUCCGAGUCAACAACGAGUUAGACUACGAAAACAUCACUAGCUACAGCUUAGACGUCCGAGCUUUCGAUGGACUUUACGAAGACUAUGCCAAAGUUCUCAUCAAGAUUGAAAACUUGAACGACAACCCACCUGUCUUCUUGGCUAACUAUACUAAGACGAUUGAAGAGGAGAAGUUGUAUGAAGGGUGCAUUGUUAAGGUGGAAGCCUACGACCCAGAUCUUGACAGAAACGAGCCUCAGAACAUAGUAUACUCGCUAGUCAAGCAUGAACAGAAGGAAUUCCUGCAAAUUGACAACGACGGUUGUCUCCGCCUCACUAAGCCUUUAGACAGAGAUCAGCCGAGCGGUUUCACUAGAUGGCAGAUUCUGAUCAUGGCUGCUGACCACGGGGGCAGGCUGGGGUCUGACAGCUUGAGGUCCACAACUGAAGUCAUAUUGGAGCUCACGGACAUCAAUGAUAACGCGCCUUUUUUGACCAAUACGCAGCCAGUAAUAUGGUACGAGAACGAACCACCGGGCCAGGUUGUGAUUCUCACGGCUAAAGACUACGACUCCGCUGAAAACGGCCCGCCCUUUACCUUCGCACUCAACGAGUCCGUGAGCUUCGAUAUCCGAUCCAAGUUCCACAUACAAGGCAACAUUUUAUCUACUCUCGUCUCAUUCGAUCGGGAGCAACGCAAGGAAUACAAGAUUCCCGUGGCCAUCACUGACUCAGGCACUCCUCGGUUGACAGGCGUCUCCAUCCUUCACGUGGUCAUUGGUGACAGGAACGACAAUCCUAUGGGACCUGGCCACAGCGACAUAUUUGUCUACAACUACAAGGGUGAAGCACCAGAUACAGAGAUCGGACGUGUGUUCGUCAACGACCCAGAUGAUUGGGACCUUCCGGACAAGCGGUUUAUGUGGCUGCCGUCUUACGAACAAAGGAGUCCGUACUUCGAUGUUCAUAGCAACACCGGGAUGAUCACUAUGAAGGAAGGCACUCCUAACGGAACUUACAUACUUAGGUUUAACGUGACUGAAGAGAAUGAGCCACUCGUGCCGUUCCACUGGGUCGAGGCGACGGUGAACGUGACGAUAAAGGAGAUUCCCGAAGAGGCCGUAGACAAGUCUGGAUCGAUCCGUUUCGUCAACGUCUCCGCGGAAGAGUUUAUUAUCCCCGAGGCUGAUGGUACGAGUAAAAAGGAGAAACUACAUCGGCAACUGGCAGAGCUGUAUAACAAGUCUAUGGACAACGUAGAUGUUUUUACGGUCUUUAGCAAGUUGACUGUGAAGGACGCAUUUCUGGACGUUCGGUUCUCCGCCCACGGGUCUCCGUACUUCGAAGCUGAGAAAUUGGAUAGUAUGGUCAUCGGGAUACAAGAAAAGUUGGAAGAAGUCCUCCAAGCCAAGAUAUACAUGGUCAAGAUCGACGAGUGUCUCAUAGAAAAGGAGCAGUGUGAGGACUCCUGUCGGAACGUCCUGAUGAAGAAUAACGUCCCACUAUCAGUUUAUACGAACACCACCAGCUUUGUGGGCGUCUCCGCCAGAGUCGAGUCUGAAUGUACCUGCGAUGUUGAGGAGCCUCUUAUUUGUUUGAAUGGAGGAACCCCAUUCGCGGACAAAUGCGAAUGCCCAGAAGGCUGGAACGGCCCCCAUUGCGAACAGACCAGUAUAGGCUUCCACGGCGACGGGUGGGCGAUGUACCCCUCACCACCGGCGUGCCAUGAAGGCCAUAUCACCCUCACUGUGACGUCACAUACCAGCAACAGUCUCAUCUUCUACCUCGGCCCGCUGAAGUACAACCCGCUGUUGGAUGUCCAAGAUUUCAUGUCUCUGGAAUUGGUCAACGGUUACCCUAAUCUACUCGUCAACUACGGGUCAGGAACAACGCGUCUAAACAACAGCGUUAUAGAGGUAGCUGAUGGAAAACCGCAUCUCAUAGAGAUCGUCCUCAUGAGAAGCUCCAUAGAGAUGUUCGUGGAUAGAUGCAAGUUGUCCACUUGUAUGAGCCUCGCAGCGCCGACUGGACCGAGAGAAAUACUUAAUGUGAACGGUCCACUACAACUGGGUGGAGCGAGCAUAGAUCUUCAAAACCUAGCGCGGUCGUUCGGAUGGAAGCAUGUGCCUACAAAUAUCAACUUUAUGGGCUGCAUCAGCAAUUUCACGUACAACGAUUUUAUGUACAAUUUGGGCAGACCGUCCGUCGAUCACAACGCAGACCCUGGCUGUCAGAAGAGCGUGUUCACAGCGGUUACUUUUGGUAUCGACACUAAUUUCCUGGUUGCUAUACUCGUAUGCAUCGCCAUUUUAAUAAUCCUUCUACUAGCAGUCGUGGUACAUCGGAAAAGAGCAGACGCGUGGGCAGAAAAAGAACUUGACGAUAUCAGAGAAAACAUCAUAGCAUAUGAAGACGAAGGUGGCGGUGAAGGAGACGCGGGAUACGACUUACACGUGCUGAGGCAAAUGUAUGACGGACCUCCUCCGGACACGGAUCCUGCGUUUAUGCACGCACCAGGUGUAGUAGGAGCAGCGCCGGACAUAUCCGGCUUCUUAGACGACAAGAAGUCCGUCCUCGACCGGGACCCGGACAUCAAUCCGUACGACGACGUGCGGCACUACGCGUACGAGGGCGACGGGAACACUAGCGGCUCGCUAUCGUCGCUAGCUAGUUGUACUGAUGAUGAAGAUCUGAAAUUCAACUACCUGUCCACAUUCGGCCCUCGCUUCCGCAAACUGGCCGACAUGUACGGAGACUCCGAUGAGGACAGACCGCCACACGAAGAGUCCUGGUGCUAGCGCCACGCCUGGCUCGUGUAGCCACCCAACCCACAACCCUAUGCCCCUUCAAUAAGGGCGAAUUUAUCCUGACAGCUUGGAGUGCCCAAGUAAGACCAAGCUUCGAGAUGCCUUAUUAAAGCAGCGUGUUUUAUUUUGUGAAUGCUAAUGAAUAAUUUAAGUGUUGUGACGCCGCGAACCCACCGGACUUAGGAACUGAAGCCUGUGAUAAUCGCGCGGUGUUUUUUUUGACGUUUCGCGCUUUUUAUAACGUUUCUGUGGAGGUUAUGGACCGAUUAACUUUUGAGUUGCAAAAUCGAAAUAUUAUCUUUUGAUAUUUAAACAUACUUACUUAUUUUGUACCGUAAUUCAGUUUUUAUUGACCCCAGUUUUCAUGCAAAGUUUAGCUAUGUAUUUAUUUACGGUUAAAUAAACUUUUCCAAGUUUAAAUUUAUCUUUGUUCAUACUAAAACAGAACUAUCAGAGCCUUGAUAGAGUGCUAGUGUACUAACAUUGCCUAACAGUAGCAUUACUUAUUGCAUAAAUUAAGUUUUUUUUAGCAAAGAGAAAUAACACAAACAAAAUAAUUAUUUUAUGUUACUUUAAAUGUAAAUUACCGUUUAUCUAAGACACCAUCCAGAAUCAGCGUAUUGCUCAGUUAAUCCUCUGCAUAAAUUUAAAAAGAAAAUGCGGUGGUCAAAUAUUAUAUUUCGAUUUAGCAACUUAAAACCUUUCGGUCUCUAUUGUCAUUUUAUUCCCAAAACUUAGCGAAUGUGAAUUGAGGAGAGUUGUUUUAGGUAUUAUGAAAAAAAUGUCCUUAAAGUAUGUGUGUUUAUCAAAAAGUAUCUUGUACAUGGUAUGUAAAUUACAUAUUGGAAAAGAGAAAUUCAAACAUUAAUGUUUUAAGAAAUGACUGAUUUGUAACAUUGUUUAGGCAUCGUUGUAGAUACGCCUAAAUUAUUUCUUGUAUGUAAUUUUUAUAUAUAUUAUAAACUAAGGAGCAAACUUCGUAUGACUCGUGUAACUUAAGCUUAGGACAUACUUAAUGUACCUUCUAAUAACUUUUGGAUUAUUAUUGUUUUGGAUGACAUAUUAUAAUGUAAAUAAUGGGUAUAUACGCCAACAUAUACUCAGGUUAGUGCGCGAAGCGAUUGACAUUCGCAAACACCAGAAUUUCAAUCGUGAUGCUUUAAGCUAACAAAUAUGUCCACAGUGGUAUAAUCAUGAAAACCAGAACAACAUCGUACGAGAUCCAAAGUUAAUAGUGAUGAUGUGAGUGUAUUUUACCUGACGACUCGUAAAGUUCCAGUGAAAUUACCAAGAAAGUGGGUAGUUCGAUACUGCCCAGGACAGUUCGAACUUCAUCUCUCGCAGCACUGCAGUCCCGUCUUAACCACGACUCGAUGCAAUUGAGUCGAAAUAUCGAUAAUU